AUGACGAUCCAACAUCUGACGCUAGCAAAGUUCCGCAUUGGAAUGACAACAGAGCAGAUGGAGGAGGCAUACAAGACAAUCCACCGCCUUAUGCAGGGUGCUCUCCUCGUUCCAGGUGUCAAGAGCUUCACAUCGGGGCCACCUAUGGACAGAAAGGGAACUCGAGGCUAUCAAGUUGCGUUGAUAGUCGACUUCGAAAACAUGCAAGCAUUCAGAGCGUAUAUCCCGCAUCCGCAUCACCGUUUAAUGGCCGACUUUGUGUACAGCAUCGCUCAAGAAAAGCCGCUUUCGUAUCAAAUCGACACAGACCAGAUAGCAAAACUGUAA